AGUCGCAGGGUUGUGGGUAUAAAGCAGGCCAAGAAUAACCUUUUAAUAUUCCUUUUUUAAAAUUCAUACAGUAGGGGUUAACUUCUGCGUGUAUCAACUGCAGGAUAUAACUGGAAUGAUAUCUGCGUUAGCACAACUUAUGCAGACAAUGAAAAGGUUGGACCUGCCUACACGUCAGGAGAAGGAAGAGUUUCUACUUCAUAUCGAGGCGGCUAUGGAAGUGUUGGAGAGAAUUCCUGGACUAAGAAGUCACCAGGCG